UCUACACCGCCUGCCUGAGCUGCUGCUCCCAAAGCUCCUGCCCUGAUCAGCCCUGAGCAGCCCUGACCAGCCCCAGGCAGUGGGUGGGGGUUGGGGAGGCACGAAGAAGCAGAGAGGCCAGAAAGCAGAAGUGGGGCCCAGGGAUCCCUCCUCUGCACGGAGGCCCAACCUUGCCCCUGUCCAGGGCCCAGAGCUGCUGCGGGUGGCGUCCGUGCUGCAGAAUGACCCGGAGGGACAGGGUGGCCUGGCUGCCCCUGGCUCUGCUCCUUCUCCAAGUCCCAGGCUGUUGGUGUCUGGGUGGCCCCCGCAUGGUGACGGGCUCCGUGGGCAGAUCCCUGAACGUGACGUGUCACUACGAGGACAAAUACGCAGGACAUGUCAAGUACUGGUGCAGAGACUCAUGUUGGACCUCUCAGAAAAAGAUCGUGGAGACCAGCAAGUCAGAGAGAGAAGGGAGGAGCGGCCGCGUGUCCAUCAGGGACCAUCCAGCCAACCUGACCUUCACAGUGACCGUGGAGAACCUCACGGAGGCUGAUGCAGGAACGUACUAUUGUGGGAUUGACACAGUUUUAUCAUUCAACCCCACGUUCCGGGUUGAGGUGUCUGUGUCCCCAGCCCCCAGGAGAACCCCCAGUCCUGUGGUCACCACAAGCACCCCCGGUUCUCAGGGGGCACCGUCAGCAUCCAGCUCAACCACCGAGAUCUGGCGAGAGACUCUGGGUCCCAGCCAGCACCCCGGCUCCCUGCUGGGCAGCGUCCACUUCCUGCUCCUGGUCUUCCUGAAGGUGCCCCUGCUCCUGGGCAUGCUCAGUGCCGUCCUCUGGGUGCACCGGCCUCAGAGGCGCCUUGGGGGGAGGCAGAGUCAGCCUGACUACAAGAACCAGGGACACUGAUGCCUCCGUGCUGCCUGGGGACAGGUCCCUCUGUCGGGUGGACACAACCUCUGGCCAAUAAAUCCACCAUCAU